CAGAAUCUGAUAAAAUAUUAACUAUAUUCCUGGUGUGUGAUGUGGCCAAACGAUGAAGAUCAUCUUAUUUAUUGAAAAUUUUCUGUUAAUUUUAGUUACAAUUAGUUUAAGUAGUGCACACGUAACCGGCCCACGAAAAUGUGUUAAUGAAAAGUGUUCAGAACCGAUAUCGAUCGGCCGGGCUAGCAUAACAUAUGCUUCGCCGAAUGACAUCAAUUUGUCGUUCAAGAACAAGGACAAAAUAACUGUUUACUCAAAGUCGGCAACUGAAACCAGCGACGACAUUUGGUAUGUCGAGAUCAAUGGGAAAUUCGGUUAUGCUCCAAAGAAGUUCAUCACCGAAGAGAAGAUAGUUGUUUCCACCGCGAAGCUGAUAACAGUGCAAAAUGUAGCAGCUGCAGCUACACCCCUUCCAUCAACAGCAGAGCCAGAUAAGGUUCAAAACAUCAACGAAUCGUCGCCGGAUAUUCAGAGUGCAGAAAUCAAUUCAAACAAUUCGAAUGAGGGAACAGUUUCCACUGAUAGUGAAGUGCAGAAUGAAGAAACACCGGAGAGGUUAAAGCGUUCGAUUGAUGCACCAAAUGUAGCUAGCAAAUCGGAGGAGCCCAACGACAGUGUGGAGACUCCAAAGUCAGAGGAAGUGAAAAUCGAGGAUCUGAACGAGUACGAUUCAAAGAAUUUCGAUGAGAGCCUUGAUAGUACUGAUGAAGAUGAUGAAGAAGAGGACGACGAAGAAGAGGAAGAUGAAUAUGAUGAAGCCGAAAAUGCUUUGGAAAGCGAAGAAGAAUCGCAAGAAACUAGAAAACCGGUGGUAGAGGAACCAGUUGUUAAAAAGACGGCGUACGUAACGACCGAUUCGAUUGUAGAGAGAUCGGGCGACAUUAGCAAUGAUAACAUCCAGCCCACAUUGGAAAUAAUGGCACCGACACAAGGUGAAAUUGAACAAUUGAAGCAGCAACACGAGUUGAAAGAUUCAGUUCAAGAAACUAACGAUACAACACCAUCACCGUUGGAUUCUACUGCAGGCUCAGCAGAUGCAACUCCGCCUUCACCUUCUACGACUAACUCUGAAUCAAUAACUGGUAACAGUCAAUUCACCACCACAACUAUUCCCAUUGAUGUACCACAGAAUCCACUAGACAUUCCAGUCGAAACAACCACGCCUAUUCCAGAUGCAACACCAAACAACCAGAAUGUCGAUCAGGCGUCAAUAAGUGAACCGAAAAAAGUGGAAUCGAUACCUCCAAUAGCUACAAACAGUGGACGUGAUAAUUCAGUAACAACUGGUGAGCCAGUGCUUAAAGUUGACUCGGUUAUUAGCGAUUCUGCAGCGUCAAAUCCUGUGACAGAAAAAGUUAUUGUCAAUGAUGAAAUUCCACCAUUUAAACCAUUACCACCGUCCGUGGAUGGUGUUGCGAGUGAGCUUAAUGAUUCCACAAGCGAUGGUCCCAAAAUAGUGGCUGAUCAAAAAGUUGAAGUGCAAGUGAAUACUGAUCCGUCAGUCAAUGCGCAAAUCGAUACUGAUCCGUCAGUCAAUGCGCAAGUCGAUACUGAUCCGCCAGUCAAUGCGCAAGUCUAUACUAAUCCGUCGGUCAAUGAAGAAUCUGUGAAACCCGUUGUAACUCCAAGCCAUGUUAAUGAUAGUGAUGUCGUUACAACCACUGAAUCAAAUGACGAACGUCAAAUGAUUAAAGAGGAAGUGCCUGUUACAGCGGCUCCAGUGGAAGUUGUUGUUGAUAGUUUAGAAGUCCGGGAAGAAAUUGUGCCAAAACCAGAAGCUGAGACAAUCACUGAAAAUACAGUCGCAGCAUCAUCGCAAGAAGCUGAACCAAUUGUCGAACGUCAGGACUCUGCUAACGCUAACAAUGAUCCGAAUGAUACAACCAGUACGACGUCAGACGACACAGUCAUUGCAGAAAACGAAAUCGUUCCUCCGUUGGAUGUUUUACCAACGGCCGAAUAUUUGACUCAAAAAGUCAACGAGGGAGUCGGAUUUGUCGAACCAAUCCUUCCAUCGGCUCAUAUUGAAAAGCAACAGCCCGUAGAGAAUAACAAAGCGGGCAGUGAGCAAGCCGAGAAUGCAGAAGUCAAUGGAGGAUUCUUCGGUACGUUGUUCGGUUCAGUGAAAAAUUUGUUCGGAGGCAGUUCGACUGUGGAAACAAUUGGGGAUGAUGCGUCGAACGAUAAUUUUGAUAAGGCUUUGAAUGAUAUUCUGUUUGCUGCCCCGUCAGCUAAGGAUAAGGAAGCAUUAAAUUCCGAUGAAUACUGUGACGCUAGCUCGCCCGAUUCGUGUCCCAGGAACGCUCAUCAGCCGACCAGCAAUUUGAAACAUACACAGUUCGAGCACGGUUCGCACUACAGUGCAAUGGAUUCAGAGGCCGAACCGAUAGUACUCACCAAUUACAGUGAAUUUGCGGUCACGUUCAUGAGAAAAUUAGUGGAUCUGGUCGAUGUCAUCGUUUACGUUGUGAUCACAGCCAUUUUUGUGCUUGCUUUCACCUUGGGCUACUAUUGCAUAACGAACAAUCGAAAAGAGGGUGGCCUGGUGUCCAAGCUGAAUAUUUUGGAGCGCAAACUGAUGACGUCGACGAAGGAAUGUGAUUUGUUGAAAUGUGAUCUGGUCGACACGCGAAACAAAUUGGCGAGCAUCGAGGAUAAUUCGUUCGGUUCGAAUGAAAUGGUGAUUGCGUUGAAACGCGACUUGGAUACGGCCGAAACGGAACGGGCUGCUUUACAGGAUCAAGUGAUAUUGUUGGAAAAGGAAUUGGAAACGGCAGCCGAAGCUGGCUUGGAAUUAAACAAAAUGGUCUCCGAAUUGCUGAACAAUCAAAGUGGCAGUGAUUCGAUCAUUAGCAGUGUGGAAGAGUUGCAGCGGCAAUUGAACGAACAGCAAGCUACGACAGAGUCUAUAAACGCUCUGCUGGCGGAAAAGAGCCGUGAGAACAGUGAACUGCAAAUUCUACUGUCAGAGAAGUCGAUUCAAUUCGAGAGUGAACUUGAGAGUCUGCAAAAUUUAACGGAUCGAUUGCAGGCUGAAAAUACGGAUCUAAAGCAGCAGAUUGAACAAGAGGAGAAGGAAUUGGAGCAGAGGUUUAAUCGAGAAAUGAAGAUCAAGACAGCAGAAUUAACCAAAAUAAGCAAGGAACUGACCGACUUGCGACAGAAACAUAACGAGAUCUGUCAAUCAAACCAUACGAAUGAGGCGCGUGUUCAAGUACUGGACAAUUUACUUAAACAACUGAAAGACGAAGAAGGUGUAGAACUCGACGAUCUUAUGAGCACAGCCGACAUGAAAACCAAAUUGUUAGCAUUGACCAAGGAGAGGGAAUCGCUUAUCGAUCGACUGGAAGGUGAAGCCGAUGCAAGAAAGUUAUUGGAGGAUCAUGUGAAAGUUGUCAGCGAAGAGGUGUCGUCUCUCAGGCAGGAGUACAGUGUAGCCGAAAAAGAUAAACUGGCAGCACAGACUAGGCUGGAAGUUCUGUCCACUUAUUUCAAGGACAAGGAGAUGCAAUUGCAGAAGGAGCUUAGCUUAAAAGAAGCUAUGACUAUGAAGCAACAAGGUGAAACGAGCAGUACGGUCGAAAGGAUUCGAUCGCUACAGGCGGAGAUUCAAGAGUUGAAGUCGCAGAAUGAUUCACUCAAGGCCGAAAUUGAAGCGCAAAUAGCGGCCCAUAAAGCCCAAAUCACAGCUGCAGAAAAUCGAGCGCAUGAAUCAUGGUUAAGUGCACGACAAGCAGAACGUCGUAUUGAGGAAGCUCGUUCCGAGGCAACUGCUCUGCGACGUAAACUAACCUCGAUUGUCGGUAAUGGCAACGGAAUCGACAACAAUCUUCAAAAUCGCCACAAUUCCCUGGAAGGACUGUCCAGCGACCUAACAGCUCAAUCACCAAUCCAUGUCGAACAAACAGGUUCUUCACUCUUAAUGGGCUUACCUCCUCCGCCUUUCCUACCACCGCCGCCAUUUAUGCCACCACCAUUUAUGCCACUUCCUCCAUUUGAAAUGCGUCCACCCCCAUUAGGCAGAAUAAUGUCACCGCCCCCACCAAAUAGAUAUUCACCAGGCGUUUUAGACGAUCGAGAUCGAUACGAUCAUCGUGGCCGCUACUCACCAAACGAUCGAUACAACGACUAUUCGGACAUAAUGUCACAGUACGAAACCGAAACCGAUUUCAGUCCGCCCGGCUCGCCACGGAUGGAAUACAGAGAUAGAAAUUAUAAACAAUAUUCGCCGUCGCCGCCGCCACCAUUGAAGCAUUCAGAUAGUCGGAGUAAAACGAACUCCAACAAAGGAGGACUAAGCUCCGGAAGUGUCGAGUCAAUGGGAUCGCGAAAGAGUCAAGGCAGAAAAAAGGUCUAAUUCAAACCAACUGAAGGGAGAGUCGAAAUUAAAAAUGCCGAAAAUAGACAGGGAAACCGUCGGCGAAACACCGAUGCGUUUUGAAUUGUUCAAUUCCAUA